AUGAUUGGAACAACAGAGACCACUGUUGCUCAGCCUUCAUCUGCUAAUGCAGUCAACUUUGAUCCAAAUCACCCAUACUUUCUCCACUCAUCAGAUGCACCAGGUAUGAGUCUUAUGAAUGCAGUAUUUGAUGGAAGAGGUUUUCAAGGCUGGAGGAGAUCAGUUCUGAUUGCUAUUUUAGCAAAGAACAAGUUGGGCUUCAUUAAUGGAACAUGCCCUGCUCCUGCUAUCACUUCCAAUGAGUAUCAGCCAUGGACAAGAUGCAAUGACAUGGUGACUUCCUGGUUACUAAAUUCACUAUCUAAAGACAUUGGAGAUAGUGUCAUAUAUUCCAAAUCUGCCAAAGACCUUUGGACCAGCCUUGAGCACAGAUUUGGAAGGUCAAAUGGGGCUAAGUUGUACCACCUGCGCAAAGAACUAUCCAGCUUAGUACAAGGAACAAGUGAUAUAACAGGGUACUUCACAAAACUCAAACGUCUAUGGGAUGAAUUAGACUCUUUAAUCUGUGAUGUUAUGUGUGUUUGUGAUGAAAGUCAGAGAGAGAUCUAUAUGAAUCCUCUUCUCUCUGCUGACUAUUCAUCCUUCAUGGUGGGCACUCAAGCUAACCUUGCAGCACAAGAAAAUUUUGUGCAAAGGAACAACAAACAAGGCCAAAGAAACACUGGGCAAUUUCAGCAGCAAUCUCAGAAACCAUGGAACAACAUGCAAUUUCAAAGAUCAGGAAGCAAUAUGCAGAAAAAUGGGAACACUCCACAAAGAAACUUUGUUUCAAAAGGAAAGAAGCACAAGUUCAACCCUAACUUAUCUCGCACCCAUUGCAAGAAAAUAGGACAUUCAGUGGGAGAUUGCUAUAGAAUCAUUGGUUUUCCUGAAGAUUUUGAAUUCACCAAUCCUACAGGUUCUCAAGUUCAAUUCAGAAGCAAUGGAGCUAUAACAAGGGAACAGGGAGAGGAUGCAAGCAACUAUUCUGAAGUUCUAAACCUUUGGCACAUUAGAUUGGGUCAUUGCCUUUUUCAUCAAUGA